CCAUGCUCUCCCCCGCCCAUGUCCCCCUCCCAGGCUCCCCAGCUGCCUCCCGCCGCUCCUCCACCUCCUCCGCCCCCUACACCUCCUCGCCCCUCGCCUCGCCCCACACCCCGUACCGUCCUCGGCUCGACAGAUUCACUACCGCCGCCACCAUCAAGCCCGAAGAAGACGACUCGUUCAAGGAGGGCGCAAGAAUCAGCGUCAACCAGCCUGUCGGGUCAAUCUCCAUCAGCCCCAGCAGCAGGGAUGUCUGUCUGGCGUCGAGAAAGGGCCUGUAUAUCCUCGACUUGGCAAAUCUCCACAAUGCUCCCCGGUUCGUGCCCCAGGGCGGGACAUGGCAGAUAGCAGACGUACAAUGGUCACCCCAUCCAGCCACUGCACACCUUAUCCUCUCCACGUCCUCUCAGAAACUCCUCGUCUGGGAUCUAGCCGCGGCCCGCCCGCUGCUCAAGUCAUUCGACGCUCAUGAGAGAGCCAUCACAGAUAUCAACUGGCACGCCCUCAACCCCAAUCGAAUGGCUACAGUGUCUAUGGAUGCCGGUAUCCGAGGGUGGGACUUGAGGUGUUUCGACAAACCGGUGAUGCGGCUGUGCGAUUGGGGAGCGGCCGGAACGCAAGUCAAAUGGAACAGACGGCAUGACCAUUUGGUGGCUACGGCGCACGGCAAGAUAGUGCACAUCUGGGAUGACAGGGUAUGUCGUAUCUGGCGUAUCUAGGAGCUAUCCUGACGAUCGGGCAGAAAGGGUCGGUGCCAGUCACUACCAUACAGGCGCACGACGCCAAGAUCUAUGGCAUUGAUUGGGACCGCGAGAAUCGACACAAGCUGGUCACCUGCUCUUUAGACAAAACUGUCAAAUUCUGGACGGUACCCGAGUUGGGCGGCUCUUCAGACCCAGAUAUGGAUUACCACUCGACGCUCCCGGCACCCAGCGAACCAUCGCACACCAUUCAAACGCAUUACCCCGUCUGGCGAGCCCGACACUUGCCGUUUGGGCGUGGUGUUCUCUCCCUCCCCCAACGGGGUGAGAAGGCUCUCGAAAUGUUUGGCGUGGGUGAUGACGCCCCUGUCGAACGCUUCGCCGGGCACGAGAAUGUCGUCAAAGAUUUCGUUUGGCGUGUCCGCGGUGGAGACAGUGAGGCAUUUGAUGACCGAGAAUUCCAGCUCGUCACUUGGUCGAAAGAUCGAACACUCAGAAUAUGGCCCAUCACGCAAGAGCUGGAAGAGCGGGUUGGAUGGCAGCAUGGAGCACCCAUCACAGUACUUGUAUCGAGACGAGGCGCUCCCGACGUCACCUACACCAAAGACCCGUCCAACACUGAUACAGACGCGCCCAAGCUCCCGCCUCCUAUCGUCAACCCUCACCCCACGCAGAAUCAGCCCUCGAAUCUCACACGUCAGAAACUCGCAAAGCCCGAAAUACAGCCUGGUAUGACCAGGGGUGGCAACAAGGUCCGCGGAAUGGACCAGCUGGAGUGGCUGACCAAGGUUGUCAAGAACGCUCCCAGUCCCGAGCAGAGUCUCACGUCGAGUAGGAUGCCGAGUAGGUCGAGACCGCCGCCGGGGAGCCGCCCAGGAAGUCGGGCGAGAAGCCGGUCUGCGAGCAUGGGUGGUAGAAAAGAGUGGAAGAGCUUGAAGGACGAGCUAGUAUCAGUCAGCAAGGCGUACCCAAGGCCCAAGAUUAAUUUCGAAAAGAUCGACCUGGCCCAUCUCAAGUUGACGAUAUCACUUCAGGGACCAUGGGCGAAUGGCGAUCGUCAAGCAUUCAUCCGUAUACACUGGUCGUUCCCUGCGAACUAUCCAUAUGGCCCUGAAAUCCCGUCAUUCGAACUGGAGCGAAAUCCCACAAUGUUACCAUUGACCCGCCAAACCUUGGUGAUGACGAUCAAAGAAAUGCGUGCUCACAACAAGCAGUGCCUCAUCGAGACGACCGGUUAUCUCUUGGGUCUCCACGAACGCCAAGGUAGACGGCGCGGUAUAGACGAGAGUGACUCUGAGAGCGAGCGAGGAGAGCCGACCAAGCAGAGUGACGAUGUUGUACCAGAGAUGAUGCUCCGGAAGACCUGUGGUGCUACAUUUGGGCCAAAUGGCCAGCUGGUGUGUUUCUUUCCGAAGCAGGUCAUGUUGCCUCGCACUCGCAACUUCUCGAGGUCACCGUCGAUUACGCGUGACAACCCACCGCCGAUGCUGAAGGCCAUGUCGGCGCUGUCGCGACUGCAGAAUCCUCAUCACCGAGCGCUGGUCCGGUACAAGCCUCGCCAUCGCCGGCUCGAAGUUGUCGAGUCCAUGCCGCCACCUUCAGGGUCGACAAUGACCAUCUAUGAUGUCGGCCACCUCGGUCAUCCGAGUGCAAAGCUAGCGACAGUGUAUGGAAUGUCAGUGGAUGCAAACAUGGGGUACGCCUUGGACGCAAAGAGACUGGAUCAUGCGGAAAUAUGGGCAACCAUACGGGGUAUCUUGGCAGAUCCACCUCCCGCGUAUACAAUCCUACCACAAGUGGUCGGGAAGAAGGAUGAUCCGAGGAGGGAGCGGAUGAUUUGGGAGCAGGGCAUGGAACGCAAAAGGAAGGUUCUAGAUACACUGUUUAGUAUUCUCAUUCAGCGCCGAGAUCUCCAACUUCUCGCUCUCGUGUCUUGUAUCAUCCACGAGUACAGCAAGACCAUGUACAUCCCGCCGCCAGUCGAAGCAUACGUCAGCCACUCUCCAGUGCUAGACUACUUUACACUACGAUUUCCUUCGCACUCCAGUCCUGUUGCUGCGACGCCUGCUAUCCAAAGAGCUUCCAGCUCCAUCGUCCCCCUCAGCCCAUCCAAUUCGUCUUCGUUCCGCACUUCGGGCUGGUCACAGAUACUGAACCCAUCUGGUAUAUCGUUACGAGGCGCUUUAACUCCCAAAGAUAGGACAUCAUUCAGUGAUCUGCCUUUCGCCAAGGCCACUCUGGGGACAAGCUAUGAGGAUCAGAAUUCGCCUACUGGUCUUGCUAUUCCAGGCAUGAGAGUCAUGGAGAGCCCUCGGGUUGCUAGGAAUGACAAGCCCAAGCUCACAGAUGCCAUCUCUCCCUCGCCACCAUCUGUGGCCCCACUGCACGCGUCAGGUCCAGAUAAAGCUUUAGCCACCAGCGGCGAGCCAAGAACACAAAAGGUCUCCUUUGGCUCAGCAAGUCCCAUAGGCCGCGGAGCGCGGGCGCACUCUUCAGCGGGGUAUCAUGUUGGUGAUUCUGGGAAUACAGGCAUCAUUGGACCUAGUACGCCGACCCGAUCAGAUGAGGCGCAGAAUAAGGAGGUGAAGGGGUGUGGUGUGAAGGUGGCGUUCCCAAAAGAUGACAGUCCCUCGCAGACUCUAAUAUAUCCCGCGAUGAUGGCCGUUUGCGAAGCCUGGAAGUUGGCUUACGCCGACUAUCUCCUUCGACACAAUCUUUUGGGUAUCAGGACGACUUUGCUGAUGUAUCGAUUCAUACCGCAUAAUCAGCACUCGGCCGUCCAAGCCGCUAGCGGAAAGAUUGGCGGCAUAGUCAGCGCCCCUGAUGAAGAAGCAAGGACUGACAGUCCUCUCUCUUCUAGAGUAUGUGUACCUUGCUCUAGUGACCCAAAACGUACAUGCGCAAUCUGCAAUGGGGCACCAAAAAAGGCCGUUUGUUCUUUCUGUCGAGUCCCUAUCAAAGGUAUUUCGAUGGGGUGCACAAUCUGUGCCCACAAAUUCCACGCUAAAUGCUUUCAACACUACUUUUUAUCGCCCAUCACGACACCCAUGACAUGUCCCGCAUGUUCUUGUUCCUGCCUCGCCCAUAAGGGCAUCUCCACACCGCUGUAUGCGGUAAAGACUUUGCCCAAGCACAGCCCCAGUGUCACGCGAGGGUUCGCCCGCGAGACGUUACCUUCUGCUGGGGGUUAUCAAGCCGUCCGGCCCAGGGCUGUAUCUGGCCAAAAUGACCCAGAGCCGACAGAAGAUGCCAGAGGCCGGCUCACCUAUGCUAGCCUGGUGAAAUUGGGCGCUAUCAAGGAGAAUUUGGGUCUCGGAUCGGGGUCUGGAGAUGGAGGAGGCUCAAUGAUCAAUGCGGGGAUGAGCGCCUUGGGUCUACAUCAAGAUGAUGAUGAUGAGGUUGGGAUGGAAAGGGAAAGGACCCUGCGGGGAGAGCAGAGGAGUAAUGAGCAAAGAGGCGGUGAUGGAUUGCUGUCGAGAGCGAGGUGGGGUGGAGAUGGGUUGCUGCAUUGGAAAGGGGCCACACAGAGCUGAUGCUUCCCUGAAACGUACUCAUGGACGUACUUUAUAAUUAGUAUUACUUUAUAUUUAGUAUAGUGAUGCAGUCGCUAUCCCCAG